UUAAAUUGACGUAAUGUAAGAUCUCCCUUCCAGAUCAGAUCAGAUAACUUGUUGAGAAAAAAGUCUGGAUAAGUUCUUUAAAUUCCUACAGUCGAUCAGCAGUUGGUACCUUUGGAUAGAAGUAUGGCUUAUCGAGACAGUGUACAGCCUCAGUAUUCCCAGGCCGCUCAGGAAAGCUCGAGUACUGAUAUGAGCACAAGAGAACUGAUCAUUGCUAACAACAGACCACAUCCCCAAGAGAGUGGCAGCUCUGUGCCCAUGGAUAUUAAUCCCACAAGUUCUCACCAUCCUACUCAAGUAAGCUCGAGUGAUACCACUGUUAUUGAGAGGCCACAAAUUGUAUUUGGUAGCACAACACAUUCUGUCUGGUAUCAGAAUAUGACUGUCUACAACAACGAGGCGAAUAGAUAUGACGAGUAUAACAUGCAUUAUGACAUCGGACGGCCGCCAGGUUAUGCCGUACUCUUGGGCAAUGAUCGCGAAUACCCGGCAGAUCCUGACUUGUUACCGGUCAUGAAAGAUCUCGGACUUAUGAAUGACGUAUUACAUAGCUGUGGGUGGAAAGUUAGCCCGAUUGCCGGCCACCCUGAUAUGACCUUGAAGCAGUUUGAUGCUAUGUUCAAUCCAAUCCUUUUUUCUGAUUUUGAUCAGUACUCUUGCUUCAUGUUCUACUACACCGGCCAUGGGAAUUCCAAAGGCUUGCUACUGAGUGAUGGCUGCUGUAAGCCUUAUGUCGACAUUGUACGAAGAGUCUCCUUAAUUGAUUCUCUAGUAGGAAAACCAAAGAUUUUCAUCUUUGAUAGCUGCCGCUCUGAAAAAGAAAAAUCUCAUCAUUGGAAUUUCUUUAAGGGAAUCACCAAAGCUCAUGCCGAAAAUGUAUCUGUGAACUAUCCACCUUCCGACACACUCAUUUGCUAUUCAGCCAAUGAAGGUAUGAAAGGUUUCUCCCAUGACGAUAAUGGGAGCUUUUACACUAUGAACCUGGCCACUAAGCUAAGGCAGUUCUGGAAUACACUCACUUUCACUGAGAUUGUCACGCUUGUGCAUGGCUGGACGGUUCAACUAGCUCAACAGUGGGGGAAAGAACAACAGCCUGUGGUGUACAAUGCUCUCAACCGCCUACUGAUGUUUGGUGGAUGUGACGUGUCCCAGUACUCACAGAAAAUGUUCCAUGUACCCAACAACCCGUCGACUCAGAGGUCAAGUUUCUCGUAUAUUGUUAAGGGAAAAGGACCGAAUUCUCUCGAAAGUGAUGUGGCCACAGAUGCUAUCCGGAAAGAUCGACUCCUUAGUGCCCAGUUCAAAACCAAGCAAGAUGUCACCAACAACCUUCCGAGACUCGGCCAAGGUGUGAGUGUGUUCGUCUGCUAUGCUCCAGACCCAGAAUCCCCAUACUAUGAUCCCAAAGAACGAAAAGAUGAAAUUGUCCGCAACCAGACUCAGAUAACUCUCUUGAUUCGUGACUUGGAACGUAUUGGUUUCUCAGUCAUCUCUGACCUCCAUCUUGGCAACUCCCAACCUAGGAACUGGCUUCAGUGGUAUGUGUCUCGCAUAGAGCUAUGUGACUACCUCAUCAUGGUCUGUUCACCUGCGUUCAAAGAGCUGUUCUCUUGUGACAAGCAAAAGUUUCCAAUUGCAGAUGAGCGUGCCUCUUGGUUUCUUACUUAUCGUGAUGCCAUGUAUGCAGAGAUUUCUGAGGAGGUGAAGGAUUCACCCACUGGCAGUAAAUUUGUACCUGUGAUCAUUGAUGACUCGUUCCCACCACAAGACUGUGUACCUACUCUACUGCUGACAGCCACUAAGUAUCAGCUCGACCAGAAAGUUCCUCGAGAGUUCAAGUAUGACAACAUGUAUGGAGGAUUCGAGCAGCUCGUUUGUCGAAUGGCUGGUAUUGACAGAAACAAAUUGGAUGCACCUGUUGAUCAAGGGAUACAUCAACUAGCAGCUCCUUACAGGCAUGGUAAGCGGCCUGUUAAAAACAUUCCAACAAAACCACCGAAAGGAUACAAGCGAGUUCCGUGGGUACCAGAAGCACCUGCUACUAAACCACAACCACAAUCCCAUCCACCUCCUGCAAAACGAGUGGUAUCCCCAGAACCCUUCCAACCCGCUCAUGUCGCACCAUUCUCACAACCCCCACACCACCCACCACCCUCACAGCCGGAGCAACUCCCAGACAAGCCCCCAGAACACACGGUGAUACUCUGGCUAUGUGAGAAAAUCACAGACUGGAGAUUUGUCGCUCGUUUUCUAAAGAUGGAUAACUCCGAGAUUGAACGAAUCGGUAUUGAUCACCGUGAUGGUGUGAUGGAGCAAAGGUAUCAGAUGUUUGAGUCAUGGAAGAGACACGAGUGGAGGGAGUAUACCUACCGCACACUGGGGGACGUUUUGUUGAAGACUGAGUCUAACAGACAUCUCUACCCUGAGUUCUGCCGGAAGGUUGAACAAAUUGAAAAAACUGAACCGAACUAACCCUACUAUUUUAUAGACUGCCACUUUACACUUUAAAAUAUUGUAUUGUUCCCUAGCUACCCAUCAUUGUGGCAUCAAUGUAAUAUUAAAUAUCUUGCUCGCUUAAAUUG